GGAGCCUCCACUGGCUCGCUCUGAUUGGCUCAGACACGGCUAACUCCAUUUUGGAAAAAACAGCUGUUUGAAGACACAACCUUUUUUUCUCUCUCUCUUUUUUUUCUUUUUUUUCUCUCCUCCUCUCUCUUUUCUAUUUUUUUCUCUCUCUCCUUCUCUCUCUAGUUGUUUUCCGACGGUUAUCCUGAGAGAGCGAGAGAGAGAGAGAGGAGGAAACAUCCACCACACUUGUGUAGUCAGUGAGGAGCCUUUUUCUCUCCACACACACACACACCAGCAGUUUCUACUCUAGGUGCCCUUUUUUUUUUGUUGCUGUUUUUUUGUUUUUGGGUUUGUUCGUGUGCCAGGAAACUUAACCAGGAGGCAUCCAUGGUGUUAAAUUUCCAUUGUAACAAGUGGAUAACAGGAGGCGACCCGACCAAGGUGUAAUGAGAGCGCUGGUCAUGGACAGAUGAUGGACGUGGAGACGUCGUACUCAGACUUCAUCAACUGUGAUCGCACAGGCCGCAGGAACGCAGUGCCCGACAUCACAGGGGAGGGGGAAGGAGCGGCCAGCACCAGUGAGCUCACCAAAGACCUGGCGGAGAUGGACCUGAAGGCUGCAGAAGGAGACCCGGGGGCCUCCCCAGCCCCUGAGGCAGAGGGCUCCACCAGCCAAGAUGCCCAGGGAGGCGGAGGUCCGUCCUAAACUCAGCCAGAGACCAAAGGAGGAGGUGGAGGAGGAGGAAGAGGAGGAGAGGUGGGGGGCAACAGUGAAAUGUUGAGAAGGAAGCGAGUGAAAGUGGAGAGAUGUGGAGAAAAGAGGAAAGGGAGAGUGUUCAUGAGGACACCUUCGCUCACUGCCGGCCUGUUUGGAGCUUCGGUGGCCCCAAAUGUAGAGGCUUUUUCUUUGUGGAGCAGAACCGAGUAGAACUGACUGACUGCAGUGCCGCUCUUCUGCUUCAUCCUCCGGUUAGUCAUCGAUAUUCCCCCGACAAGACGAGAAAGCACAGAAACUUUGAAGUGAUUUGCCUGUAGAGAUGGACCGAGCUGAGCAGAAUCCACUCACAACACUCGAAACAUCGUUCCAGCUUAAUAUGGGACCGUGUCAUGGAGGGCGUAUUCAUAAUCAUCUGUUUGUCAUUUUCUUUCUAUCUUAUGUCCGUGUGUGUGUUAGUGACCCGCGUGUCCGAUUUCAUCGUCCAGUCUUUUUCUUUUUUUUUUUUUAGUAACAAACAUAGUCGCCAUUAUACUGUCGUGUACGGACUUCAUAUUUAUUGCUAAAUGUUCAGUGAUAACUUUGUGAUAGCAAUUUUUCUUUGUGUAAUAAAAUACUUAUGAAUUACUGUAA